AGCACCGACCAGGUCGCACCAACGUCGUCCGCGCGCGACGCGUAAAACUCCGUCACAACUUCGCUUCACUCGUCGAUGCGAAAAGCUUCAAACACGCGGCCUGUCUCGCGUUCUCUAUUUCUUUGCCCCCUCCUCCUCCUCUCUCGGUUGGUUUAAGUUUUAGUCGCAUGCACGUAGCGAAGAAGAAGAAGGAAGGAACGAACGAAAGAAGGAAGGAACCUCGUGUUGGAAGACUUCUGUGUUUACAGCGGUGGUGGUGGGCACGAGUUGUUGUAGUAGUAGUUGUGUAGUUGACAGAGCCGCCCCGGUAGGCAAGACGUCGUGAAGAGAAAACCAGCAAGUUCUGUCUGAACUGAACACACACACACACACACACACACACACACACACACACACUACGUUUGAGUUUGACAGGACAUCAGAACAGUUCGGUGUGUUGUGAGGGAGUAUGUGGAGCUAGCUGCCCCCCUCUGUUGUCAUGACAGGCAGGAAUUGACAUUCGAGUCUGCUGCUAGCUGCUGUGACAGCUCGGAAGAUGCUAACGGCCUGGGAUGGAUUACCGCUGCUGCACUAUUCUGCUGACCUCUGCCCUCGCGACCCUUCUGUAUCUGAACACGCUUGGCGCGGAUUUUGCUUAUGAUGACAGCCGAGCGAUCCAGAAGAACCCUGAUCUCCUUCCCAGCACGCCGCUGUGGAACUUGGUCUACGAUGACUUCUGGGGCACCCCGCUCACCCACAGCGGCUCUCACAAGUCCUACAGGCCGCUGUGUGUGCUCACCUUCAGGCUCAACUACUACCUGGGUGGACUCGAACCUUGGGGCUACCAUCUGGGGAACGUGCUGUGGCACGCUCUCACCACGGCUGUCUUCACGUGGUUCUGCUGGAGUUUGACGGGCUCCACUUUUGCUGGGCGGUGUCCGUGUGUGUUCUGACGGCAGCAGCCAUGUUGAGCAAGGAACAGGCUCUGACCGUGUUGGCGGUGUGUGCUGUGUAUGAUGUGUUCGUGGCACACAGGGCGACACGCGGGGAUGUGCUCACUCUGAGGGUUCUAACACAGACCAAGUUCCGACCCGCCCUAGAGGGGAUCGCUCUCAUCGCAGCGUGUGGAGGAACUCUCCUGGGUUUCCGGAUACACUUCAUGGGCAACAGGCCGCCAGAGUUCGCCCCCUCCGACAACCCCGCCUCGGACUCGGACAGUCUGCUCACCAGGGUCCUUACCUAUAAUUACCUCCCCUCGGCCAACUUUUGGAUGCUGCUGUGCCCGCGCAUCCUCAGUUUUGAUUGGUCGAUGGAGGCUGUACCUUUGUUGGAGAGUUUGGACGACUUCCGGAACUUGUCUACGCUUGUUUUCUACGCGUGUUUAGUUUUUGUGUUUGUGCGCGUCUCGCAGACGAUAGACAGCUGGCCUGGUGAGGCUGAAGAGUCUUCAGAAUGGAAACAUUCCAGCAGACGAAAGCAGAACAAUAACAGUCUCUCCUACGGCGGGAAAUUUGUAAAUACGAACGGGUCUUCAGGGUCGUCGAACGGAGUCCAUCAAACACAUUCCAACGGAUCUCAUAAAUCCAGCAAAUAUUCCAGUGUACAUAGUUCAUCGAAUGGAGGAUCUCAUUCAACAAAAUCCUUAUACAACAAUGUAACCAACUCUGGGUCUGUCUCUUCCGACUUGAAUGAAAGGACAAUGUCUCAUUUCUCCGCCACUGGUCCCUCGUAUAGAACAGUGGAUGUUGUUAUCAUAUGCAUAUCUAUCAUCGUCUUUCCGUUCAUUCCUGCUUCAAAUUUGUUUUUCUAUGUGGGGUUCGUCAUAGCAGAGCGGAUUCUGUACAUUCCAAGUAUGGGGGUGUGUCUGUUGGUGGGCGUGGGGGCCCAAGCUGUCCUUCAUAAGCUGGAGAGCGAAGGGAAGCGGAAGGUGUUGUAUGCGUCGCUGGCGCUGCUGGUUGUGUCUUUCAGUGCGAAGACGGUGCUCCGGAACAUGGACUGGCAGAAUGAGGAGAGGCUGUACUCUUCCGGUGUGGCUGUCAAUCCUGCCAAAGAGGAAUAUUGCUGGCGAACCAGAAGAGAAUUGAUGAAGCUGUCACAAGUUAUCAAAAUGCAAUAAAAUUCAGGCCGAAAUUAUCAGUUGCCCAUCUCAACCUGGGAAUAUUGGUGGCUCAACAAGGAAAUUUUGAGUUGGCGAAAAGUAUCUACAAACGCUGUGCUGAUCUGGACACCUCGGGCUUGAAAGAUCCGAGGCUACACGAUGGCACCAAGAUCUCAUGUUUGUUUAACCACGGCCGCAUCCUCAUGGAUGAAGGAAAGUCUCAGGAAGCCUUGGAAGUCUACAACACAGCUCUGGCAAGAAGGCCUGACCAUUAUGCACCACAGAGCCUGUACAACAUGAUAGGUGAAGUCUACUUCAAGAUGGGCCAAAUGGAGGAGGCGGAGAAGUGGUACCGAGAUGCCCUUAAAGCCAAGCCUGACCACAUCCCAGCUCACUUGACCAUGUCGAAGCUCAUGCAAGCAAAGAAUGACGGCCAGGAAGCCUUAGCCUGGCUAGAUAAAGCAAAGGCCGUCAAUCCAACGGAUCUGACAGUGGAUCAUCAUCAAGCCCAACUUUAUACUGCGAUGAACCGUCUCAAGUAUGCUGGGGAAAUAUACGACAGACUGCUGGUUGAGAAGGCUGAUGACUUUGAAAUUGUUUAUAAUGCUGCCAAUCUUUUCAGACAACUUGACAAGAAGCAAAAGGCAGAGGAACUGUACAUCAAAGCUGUAAAACUGAAUUCCAAGGAAGCAUCGGCGUGGAUGAACCUGGGCGCGAUGCUGCACAUCAACAGCAAGUACAGCAAGGCGGAGCAAGCCUACAACAACGCCCUGAAGCUGAAACCCAACGACCAAGUCACUCUGGACAAUUUGAAGAGGUUGAAGAAAGCUAUGGGUGCGACGUAAGCCUCACUGUGCUACAACUGUUCAAAUCUACCCAGUUUGUUUGUUGCAAAACUCCCGAAUAUUGGCCAAAGAAAUGUCUAUGUAUGCAGAUGGGCUUUUAAUCAUUUACAUUUACUUUUCUACCGGGCAUAGUAUCGGUACCCUUUUUCAUCUGGUAAAGAAUGCCAUUAUGUGACUAAAUUUUUGUUUCUUUUCAGUUUUCAGCUGAGUGUGCCUGGCUCCUAAAUAAUCUUAAACACUGACAUUUAAGGGUAAAUUUUAGCUAGGGGUAAGAAGACUGAAAUGGUAAGGCCGAAAAUUGUUUGGCGUUUUUUUACGACAUAAGAUUUUUAACUUUAAAAACUGAGAUUGCUCAAAUUCACUUUAAAAAAUGUCAGGAUGGCAUUUUUCCCCCUUCUGGUCUUUAUACAAGAAUUGUCCAGUUGCAGGACUUUGUCAAGCCAGAUAGCGACAGAGAUGUGAUAGAUGCUGGAAAGGUGUUUAAGGUCAGGUUAACAAGGAAAUUGUGAGAUCUCAACAUCUCAUGUGAGUGAAGGAACAAAAUUUGACCAGUAGCAAAUGGUUCAAUAACAAGAUAUAUCAUACACUGUAUACUUCCCAGGAAGUUGAGAUUGUUUCGGAAUGCUAUCAAGUCUGCUUGGGUAAUAAUGUAGAUUGUAAA